UCCGUUCUCCAGGGGUGGGGUUUCCAGCCCUUUCAGCAAUUCCGUUGCCUGUUAUUGAGCUGGCUUUGUGCUCCAGGUGUCUGAAUUGAUUGCAGUAGGACAUCUUUCACUAAGAAAUAAAUAAAAUGGAACAGAAUGGGUCUGCUUCAAAUGCUGAUAAAAUCCCCCAGAAUCGCCUGUCGAGUAUUACCGAGGAUGAAGACCAAGAUGCUGCUCUUACCAUUGUCACUGUGCUGGACAAGGUAGCCACCAUUGUGGACACUGUGCAGGCAAGCCAGAAGAGAAUAGAAGAGAGACACAGGGAGAUGGAAAAUGCCAUAAAAUCUGUUCAGAUUGACCUGUUGAAGCUUUCACAGUCACAUAGCAAUACAGGCUAUGUCAUUAACAAGCUGUUUGAGAAAACACGAAAAGUCAGUGCUCACAUUAAAGAUGUGAAGGCCCGGGUGGAGAAGCAGCAAGUUCAUGUGACAAAAGUUGAAACCAAGCAAGAGGAAAUAAUGAAGAAAAAUAAAUUCCGUGUGGUGAUAUUCCAGGAAGAGAUUCGGUGUCCAACAUCUCUGUCUAUUGUUAAAGACAGAAACCUAACUGAGAAUCAGGAGGAGGAAGAUGAAGCCUUUGAUCCCCCAAUAGAUCUCUCUUCGGAUGAAGAAUAUUAUGUUGAAGAAAGCAGAUCUGCCAGGCUUAGAAAGUCAGGCAAGGAGCGCAUUGAUAACAUCAAAAAGGCAUUUUCCAAAGAAAACAUGCAGAAGACACGGCAGAAUUUUGACAAGAAAGUGAACAGAAUUAGAACUAGAAUAGUGACUCCAGAGAGGCGAGAAAGGUUAAGGCAGUCGGGGGAGAGGUUGAGGCAGUCAGGGGAGAGGCUGAAACAGUCAGGGGAGAGAUUUAAGAAGUCUAUUUCUAAUGCUGCUCCCUCAAAGGAAGCUUUUAAGAUGCGUAGCCUGAGGAAAGCAAAGGACCCCACAGUGACCCAAGGUCUGGAUGGGGACAGGGAGAUGGGUGUGGAUAUCAUUGCAGGGAGCCCAUCUCUGGGCCCUAUCCAUGAGCUGCMCACUGAUGAGCCCAGUGACACAGAACAGGAGGCCACCAGGGUGGGGUAUGCUCCCCGAGAAGGGGGGGACGUCCCAACCCCAGAGCCUUUAAAGGUUACUUUUAAACCUCAAGUGAGAGUGGAGGAUGAUGAGUCUCUUUUGUUAGAUUUAAAGCAGUCUUCAUAAAGAGGAAUUCAGAGUCAGUCUACAUCUCCUUAAUCAUGCAUUUUUAGUUUGAAUAGUCAUUUAUUUUUAUGCUGUGUAGGAAAAAAAAUGGUAGGGCUAUUUCAUUUCUUAUGUUUAAAAUCUUGAAGAUCAUAUGAAUGUUGCAUACUUUUGUUUGUAACUUCCUUGGGAAUUCUGUUUCCCCUGAGCCUGUAUGAUUCCUGCAGCUUUUUCUCUUACAUCAUUCUUUCUUGUGGCAGCUGUGGCUUUUUAAGUUUAACCUUUCUCUUGGAUAUCAGGAAAGUGGUUGCCUAACUCAGGCCAGGUAGAUGUUUGGGCAUCCAAAAUAAUGAAGGACAAAUUUGUGCCCAUCAUUUCCUAGUGAAUUCUAAAUUUUGGUCUAGAUUAAUGUUGUAGCCAAUCUCAAAGGGGAGACUAUAACUAAUCCAGAUGUUUGAAUCAACAGGUUAUUUUGUAAGUAAAGAGUCACACCCCUUUUUGAAGCUUUUGGGUUAAAAAAAAAUUGAAGUUCUGAACUUGAACGUUUGGUUUUAGUGUCAUAGCUUUAUUAAUGGUGAGACACCUGGUGAGUCAUCUGCUGAAUCUCAUUGAUAGACAUGGAAAGGGUUUGUCUGUCCUACUCUUCUCAGAGGGCUGUUGUGAGGUCAGGGGAAAUGUUACACAAUCUAGGGGAACAAGAAGCACAUCCAGAGAAACAGAAACCACACUCUUCCCUCAAAACCAGAAUCAAAUACUUAGACCUUCUGAAGAAGCCCUGAGCACCAGGCACUGCAGGCCUCGGUUGGACAGAAAGUAAAGUUGGUCUUCAGGAGUCUUCACAGAAUCAAGAGUGAAAAAUAAAUGACCAUUUUUUUUUUUUUUCACCAAAGACUAAAACCAAACUUUGGGUUUUUAGGUGGGUCUUAUAAUGUUCCCCGGAAAAUCCUUUUCUAAUAUUUUUUUGGAUUUAGAUCUGUGGUGGACUAUAGCAGCACCCCCACCACCCCUGUUCUGGGAUCCAACCCAGAGCACUCACGUACGCCAGGCAAGUGCUGUACCAUGGAACCACAUUCCCAGCUCAUACAGCAACUUUGGUAUGAAGAGCAUGAGAUGUAAGAAUGUGGCUCUGUUGUCAAGUGGCCUUUCUAAAGUCAGCUGUGAUGCAGUGGAUUUGGAAAUGACCUCCAAGAUUUCUGUUUCCCAGAGUGAGCCCUUCAGGGCCUACCUGUCUAAAACGUGUUUACAGGUGUUCAUCAUAGCUGCUUUGGGGAAACCAGAUUCCACUUAGCUGUUAGCUUUAGAGCUGUGUAGUCAGGAAGUUAGCUGUUUUUUGCUAAAGAAAGAAAGGGUCAUCUGGUUCUGUACUUACAGCAUUUUAAAACUUCUGCUUUUUUUUUUGUUAUGAAAGAAAUGAUGAAAUUGUUAGAAUUUGAAGAGUUUGACAAUAAUUGGCUAUACUAAUUUUCCUCACUCAGAUCAGUUUUGGAUAAUCAUGUAGAGUUAAAAAUAAUAAACAUAGACAUGUACACACAGGCACACACGAAUCAGCUUUAAAAUAUUUGACUCAGUUACCCAGAUGUUUGAGUUUGGGAGUUUGAUUCAGCAUGAUUUCUCUUCAUUCUGCCUGAAUACAUAAAAUCAUAAAUUGUUCAUCUCAUUAUCUUUUUAUAUUGAAAACUAAAGUGUAUACAACAUUGAAUAAAACUUUGAAAGAAUAAAUCUGAAAACAUUUUUAUUACAGCUUAAAAGGAGCUUGGAUGCCUUAAUCAUACAUUUUCUUAAGAACCAUAAUAAAUUUGAAUUUAAAAA